UACUUUUUGGACGGUGACACUUGACCACUCCACCCCUCCCCGUCCCUCUCUGCCCCACACGGCACACCUCGGCAGUGAUCGAUGGCAGGACGGCAGAGCACAGCGGCGGCAGCGGCAGCACAGCACAGCGGAUACACAUGUGGGCGUCGUGGGACGCAGAUAGCAUGGCAGGCGUGGGCGUGACUUUGCUUCAGUUGGCGGGUGUGUGUCCCCUGGCAGCGGUGUCCAGCGAAGGUGCCUACCGGGUGGGGUGGGUGCCGACCACGUGGUGUGCGUUAUUCCUGGUGGUACGGGGCGCGCUACUGGUGUGGUACUACCAGGCGAAGCAGGCCCUGGGAAGAGAUUUAGAGGCUGGGGCGAGCAUCUCCGCCAGAAUAGGGGAGUUUGUGUUUGUUGAGGCCAGCCAGUUGUGCUCCUACUGCAUCAGUGUGAUGCUGCUGCUCGCAACGAGCCGCCUGGCUCGCCUGCUGCUUGAGAUGGACGUCCUACGCAAGAUGCUGGCCGCCGUCAGCAGCUCUGCGUGCUGGAGUCCCGGCCCCCUCACCCUGGUCUACGCCUGUGCCACUGUCGGGUUCUUCGUGUGGACCGUCAUCAGGUACACGUGCUACACCAUCAGUAGGUGGGCGACCAACGCUUCGUGGUUGCCGGAGCUGCUCCACCUGCUGGAGUUAGUGCUCGGCUGGCCCUCCCACUCAGGCGUCAUGUUCCUCCUGACCAGCGUGCUCGCCCACCUGUGCACCGCCACGCGGGCUGUUCUUCCUCCCCAAUGGGAGCAGCUCCUGGCCCAGGUGAGAGAAGGGACCACACACUCUCCAGUUCUGCGUGAGUCCACCUUCGUUCUGCCAGGCAGCCUCCCAACAGCCGCCACGGCCCCAGCCGCUGCCCUGGCCCUGGCAUCCUUCCUGAGGCACGCUCGCGCCUUGCUGCAGCAGACGGAGGAGAUGGUGGCGCGCCUGAUGGAGUAUUUAGGUGUGGCAUUGCUGGUCAUCGUGACAACCAACGUCCUCAGCUUCACCUUCUCCGCUUACUUCAGCUUCCUGAAGUGGAACGCUGGCUUCACGGACUACUACCACUUCAGCCAGAUGGCGGCGCUCCUCCUCACGCUGCUGCAGAUCAACAUGGCAGCAGAGGACCUGCUGCAAGAGCGGCGGCGGUGUGCGCGAUUGUACCGGCGACUGCUGCUGCACCACCAGGUGGAGGCCCUGUCCAUGGCUGGGGAGGUUGCCGCAGCCCUGGACCGACCCCUGCAGAUGCGAGUGACGCAGCUGUUCAAUCUGGGAGGCACCUGUGUCACUACGAUGUGCAGUCUGGUGCUGUCCUACCUGGUGAUCGCCUUACAGUUCUCCAGCACGCAGGAUGUCAACAUUUAUUAGACUCGUGAUGCGUGAGUCGUGAUCGCCGCCCGUCACGACUCAGCAAGACUCGUUUAGAGAAUGUGGACGAUAAUUUUUCAUGUUUGUAUGAUGUUUAAUGCUACUGCUACUAUUGCUGUCAUUAUUGUGUUUUGUUAUUAUUGUUAUUGAUUUGUUUAUUAAUCAUUAUCACUUGUAUUAUCAUUAUCAUUAUUAUCCUGUAUUUGUUGAUCUAAUUAUUAUCAAUGUUUUUUUUUCAUGUAGUUUUCUGAUAAAAAAAAAUAUAACCAUGAAAAACCACCCUUGAAGACCCUAAUAAUCCCAACUAGAUUUUUGUAAGCUAUCGCUAGAAUCACGAACACACCAUGAAAACUGUAGACUCCUGCAAACACAUUCGAGAACCGUAAUAACUUCCACUAG